UAGAUGUUGCGUCUCUGACUCCGCGCAAAUCCCAUUUCUCCAUGGGCAGCGACGAAGAGGAGAGUCAUACCAAAGAAUCAGAUCAAUCCUGGGGGACGUGGGACGACCUCCUCCUCGCCUCCGCCGUUAAACGCCACGGCUUCCUCGCCUGGGACUCCGUUUCCCUGGAAGUCCAAUCCCGGACCUCCCUUCCCCACCCCCUCACCACCCCCGACAACUGUCGUCUCAGGUACCUACACCUCAAACGCCGCUUCUCUCACCAUCCUUCCCCCGACGCCGCCGCCGCCUCCGCCUCCGCCUCCGACGAAGCCGUCCAUAUCCCCUGGCUUGAAGAGCUCCGGAAGCUUCGCGUCGCCGAGCUCCAGCAGGAGGUCCAACGCUACGACGUAUCCAUCCUGUCCUUGCAGUUGAAAGUGAAGAAAUUGGAAGAAGAAAGGGAAGACAGCUUGAGAGAGAGGCAUCAGAAACCAGAUCUGGCCGAGGACUCCAAAGGCGACGGAUCGGUUAAAGACAAAAGGGACGCCGAUGGAGAACCCGAGCCCUCAGCCGCCGACAGAGUCGCCACGAAAUCGGCCGCCGGGGAGGACUCGGACCGCGAGAACCGGUCCGUUAACGAAUCCAACUCUACUGGAGUGAAGAGCGAGCGGGACAAGAACGGUGAUGAGGUCGAGGAGGGGCGAGGGGGAGGUAGGCAGAGAGAGGGGGGAAACGAACCGGUCCGGGCGGGAACCGGGUCGGGGAGGACGGAUCGGGCAUCGGAGGGGACGAAACCGGAGGGGGUCGACUCGUACAACGGGAGCUCGGAGCCGAACCGGGAGCGGAGGGGAGAGGAGGGGGAAGGGGAAGGGGAAGGGGAAGGGGAGGAGGAGGAGGAGGAGGAGGAGCGGCCGGAGUCGGUGGCGCAGUCGAAGGAGAACAGCAGCGACGUGCAGAGCUCGGCCAGCUUGACUCAGAAGAGCAAGAGCAAGAGGAAGAGGAAGGGGCGGCGGCUGGUGGAGAUAUCCGGCGGAGAGGAACAACAGGGGACGGAGGACGCAUCCCCGGCCGUGGAUUUGGGUGGGAAGAAGGAAUCGCAGCCGUUGGUGGAUAUGCUGAAGAUGAUCCGGGCACACAAGCACGCCUCCGUGUUCGAGCGACGGCUUCCCCUUCAGGAGAGCGAGAAAUACAGGGGGAUGGUGAGGCAGCACAUGGACCUGGAUGGGAUAGAGUCGAGGUUGGAGAGAGGCUUCUACUCUUCCUCCCCCUCCUCCCUACUUUUCUACCGAGACCUCCUCCUCCUCUUCAACAACGCCCUCGUCUUCUACCCAAAGUCCUCCAUUGAGUCCCUCGCCGCCCUCGAUCUCCUACGCCUCGUCUCCUCCCACUUCCGGAAAAACCCCCCCCCCGCCUCCCAUUCCCUUUCCCACUCUCAGAUAUCUUCCUCCACUCCCGAUGCCCCCGAGAGGUCCGAUCCCUUGCUCCCCAAGCACAAGUCCUCCUCUGCCACCGCUGCUGCUGCUGCUGCUGCUCCCAUCAUCGUCUGCCGCAAGCGCAGCUCCAUGUCCACCCAGCAGCAGCCCGUCAACAGCGAUAAGAAGCCCGCCCUUGACUCCUCCAAGCCCUCGCACGAACAGGGCUUGGUCAAGAUGAACGCCACCAAAGAGAGGUCCGUGACGGGGACGAGGAGCUUGAGGAGGAGCAGCAACAAGAUCAUCAAGAACAGUUCCCCCACUCCCAACCCAACCAAGAAGCAAGCCCCCACCUCCACCUCGAUUGAAAAGGCUGAGAAUUCCAACUCCAAAGCCGAAGGCAUGAUGGCGGCCUCCACCAAAAAGAGAAGUGCUGCCGAUUUCUUGAAGAGGAUAAAGCGGAAUUCUCCCGCGGGAGGGAAGUCCAAGAAUUCCGGGAGUGAAUCUUCCAAUAACAACAACGCCGCUAGUAAUAACAAGAAGGCAAACAGCAAGAAUAACAAGAAUUCUAAGAAGAGUGAGAAAGGUGGCGAGGAGAGGAAGGAAGAGGGCAGCCCGUCCAAGCCAAGGACCGUCGGGAGGCCUCCAAAGAAGGGAGGAACCCCUGAAUAUUCCAAUGUGAAGCGAGGCAGAGAAGUUGGAGGCAAGGACUCUGCAUCCGCAUCCGCAUCCACACUGAAGCGGCCAAGAAAGCGAGCUAGGAGGUAGAUAGAACAGGCAAAGCACAUCCGCUCUUUUUUUUCUUUUUCCAGAUGGGAGUGGGAGGGCGAUUGAAUGUGAUUUUGUAUAACGACGGUCAGGGAUUUGGCUUUCUUUCAUUUCUCCUUUUUUUUGGGUCGUUGGGUAGUUUGUGGCUUUUGUGUCUUAUUUGUUGUUAACUGCUGUUGUUGACUUUUUGACAGUUGACCCCCUUGAUCCGUGUACUGUAACAAUACAACUUCAGGACUUUGGCAUUUCGCUUUUGCUCCUGUGUUAAUU